UGGUCACGAACGCAAUGGGCGUGCCGUGUAGACAGCGUCAGUCAGUUCACUGGAGAGGUCUAGGUUUUCGGAGUCCAAUGUUGUGUGGUCAAAUUGCAGGCGUUUUAGGACAUUGUAUGUCACCAGCAAAGUAGCUCUUGCAUAGUGAAUCAAAGGCACGCUAAGAAGCCCUGUACGGAACCCUCUGACUAUCCGUUUCAUCGCUCCUUAUCGAUCAUUUCGGUGCCCUUUUGCAACGAUCUAUGGCUGGCGUUAUCGUCGUCAACUCCGAGGCGCAGUGGAGAUCGAUCCUCGACGGUUCCAAGAAUGACGGCAAAGUGGUUAUCGUAGAUUUCACCGCGACCUGGUGUGGCCCUUGCCGGAUGAUUGGUCCUGUUUUUGCUCAAUACGCGACUCAGUUCUCGCAGAUCAUCUUCCUCAAAGUGGAUGUCGACGCUCUUCCGAAAGUGGCAGAAGAGUGCGGGAUUUCCGCCAUGCCGACGUUUCAUGUUUUCAAAGACGGGAAGAAGGUGGAUGACCUUGUUGGAGCGAGCCAGGAUAAGCUGCUCGCGUUGAUCCAGAAAUACGCCUAGGGUACAGACAGACGUAGUGGACACUCCAACUGCACGCACCUUUUCGUUCAGCUAUCCGUAUUGGUGUGGAUGAAAAGGACGCUAUGACUUCGCUAGCUGCUGAGUCAGGAGUUUCUGGGGAGGAUUCAGCAGCCAUCGACUAGAAAGGCAAACCCAGGGCUCUCUUGGAAACUGUGUUUUUUUUGGCCAGUCAAAAUAUUGCAAUUCAUUGAAAUGACAGCUUAGACAAUGUUC